UGGGGGGAAAAGAACCCCGGCAAGUCUCCCCCUGAGUACAUAGAGCUUCAAAACAUGGGCGAGCCGGAAGCAGCCGCACGGGAAACCAUAGAGUGGGCAAUGCAGGAGCUAACACAGCGUUAUUCCCGCUUUGACGUUGACGACGUAAGGCUCACAGAACGCGGAAACAAAGUCCUCAUAAGCGUUCAAGACCUGAGAUUUCCUGACAAAGACCGCUGGACGAAACCACAACCCCUCUUUGAUGAGAAUGGUGACGUUAGGGGUGACGUCUCAAGAUUAAAAGGCCUCCAGCGUGCCACUAGAAGCCUGUUAGACCGGCUGGAAACCCUGAAUGAAAAGGUCGCGCUAGAAAGACGCAUCGAGGGACUACAAGAAACGUUGGAAGAAAGGGAAGCAGAUUAUAUGAAGCAAAACCGACUACUUCUCGAUGCUCAAAAAAGAGAACUUAACGACAAGGAUCAACGCAUAUUAGAACUUAGAGAGCAAAGAGACAUUGCCUUUCGUGAAAAAGACAGCGCCCAAAGGGCCUUCCAGCUUGCCCUGCAAGACCUAGACGUAAGCAAGGAGGAAGCUAAGAACUUACGAACCACCAUAGCUGGUUCUUUGGAGGAGCGGCGACAGUUGGUUGCCGAAAUCAAUACUAAGGAAGAGCAAAUCCGGCAACUUAAGCAGGCCAUCGAAGACCUGGAGGGGCAAAUAGAGCGGCAACAGGAAAUAAUCAAUGACCAGGCGCGCCCCGAAGAAGAAAGGGAGGCAGCCCAAAGGGAAGUAGAGGCCCUCGAGGUACGCCUUGCAGAAUUACGGGCGCAACAAGAAGGCUCGGAAAGGGAGUUGGGGCUUACCACCAAGGAAAAGAUAAAAAGGGAUCUGUUCAAGUCUACAGACAUGCCGGUGACAUCAACCCAAGAUGCCUGGGUGUAUUUUUUCUCGCCUGUGUAA